AUGACCAGCUUCUAUAAAAACGAUGAGCAUGUUGCCCUUUACACAAUCCGAGAUGGACUCCGUAAAAAUGAUGACGAGCUUGUAUCUCUUUACAUAAUUCGAGACAGACUCGGUAAAAAUAAUGAGCUUGUAGCUCCUUGCAUAAUUCGAGACGGACUCGGUAAAAACGAUGGUGAGCUUGUAGCUCUUUGCAUAAUUCGAGACGGACUCGGUAAAAUUGAUGAGCUUGUAGCUCUUUGCGUAAUUCGAGACGAAUUCGGUAAAAUUAAUGAGCUUGUAGCUCUUUACAUAAUUCGAGACGGACUCGGUAAAAAUGAUAGUGAGCUUGCAACUCUGUACAUAAAUCGAGACCGACUCGGUGAAAAUGAUAGUGAGCAUGUAGCUCUGUACAUAAAUCGAGAUGGACUCGGUGAAAAUGAUAGUAAGCUUGUAGCUCUGUACAUAAAUCGAGAUGGACUCGGUGAAAAUGAUAGUGAGCUUGUAGCUCUGUACAUAAAUCGAGACGGACUCGGUAAAAAUAAUGAGCUUGUAGCUCUUUACAUAACUUUACUUUGA